UGUACCCGGUCCGGCCUGCCCUCGCCCGCCGCCGCUUCCCCGCCAUGGCCCUGGUGCGGGACGCCGAGCCGGCGGCGGGGCCCUCCCGCUGGCUGCCCACGCACGUCCAGGUGACUGUGCUGCGGGCCCGCGGGCUGCGGGGCAAGAGCUCGGGCGCGGGCAGCACCAGCGACGCGUACACGGUGAUCCAGGUGGGCCGCGAGAAGUACAGCACGUCGGUUGUGGAGAAGACGCAGGGCUGCCCCGAGUGGCGCGAGGAGUGCUCCUUCGAGCUGCCGCCCGGCGCCCUGGACGGCCUGCUGCGGGCGCAGGAGUCCGACGCGGGCUCGGCGCCCUGGGCCGCGGGCAACGCUGCCGCCUGCGAGCUUGUGCUCACCACCAUGCACCGCUCACUCAUCGGCGUCGACAAGUUCCUGGGCCAGGCCAAGGUGGCGCUGGACGAGGUCUUCGGCGCAGGCCGCGCCCAACACACGCAGUGGUACAAGCUACACUCCAAGGCAGGCAAGAAGGAGAAGGAGCGCGGAGAGAUUCAAGUCACCAUCCAGUUCACUCGCAACAACUUGAGCGCUAGCAUGUUUGACCUGUCCAUGAAGGACAAGCCGCGGUCCCCCUUCAGCAAGAUCAAGGACAAGAUGAAGGGCAAGAAGAAGUUUGACCUGGAAUCUGCCUCCGCCAUCCUUCCGAGCAGCGCCCUAGAGGAUCCCGAGCUGGGCAGCCUGGGCAAGAUGGGCAAAGCCAAAGGCUUCUUCCUCCGCAACAAGCUGCGAAAGUCGUCCUUGACCCAGUCCAAUACCUCACUGGGCUCGGACAGCACCCUGUCCUCAGCUAGCGGGAGCCUGGCCUACCAGGGGCCUGGUGCUGAGCUCCUCACCCGCUCGCCAAGCCGCAGUAGCUGGCUGUCCACCGAAGGGGGCAGGGACUCUACACAGUCCCCCAAGUUGCUCACCCACAAGAGGACCUAUAGCGAUGAAGCCAGCCAGAUGCGAGCGGCUCCUCCUCGGGCCCUUCUUGACCUUCAGGGCCACCUUGAUGCUGUCUCCCGCUCUUCCCUGUGUGUCAAUGGGAGCCACAUUUACAAUGAGGAGCCCCAGGGCCCUGUGCGGCACCGCAGCUCGAUCUCAGGCCCAUUUCCACCCUCUAACUCCCUGCACAGUGUCUCUUCCCGGCCCUCCGAGGAGGGACCUCGGUCCGCAGAUGACUCCUGGGGCAGGGGCAGCCGCAGCACCAGCAGCUCGGAGGCAGUGCCUGGACAGGAGGAGCUGAGCACUCAGGCCAAAGUGCUGGCCAUUGGGGCCAGCCGCUCUGGAGAGGAUGAGGGGGCCCGGCUUCCAGAGGGGAAGCCAGUGCAGGUUGCCACCCCCAUGGUAGCCUCCUCUGAGGCUGUAGCAGAGAAGGAAGGAGCUCGGAAGGAGGAGCGCAAGCCCCGGAUGGGCCUCUUCCACCAUCACCACCAGGGGUUGAACCGGAGCGAGUUGGGGCGCCGCGGCUCUCUGGGGGAGAAGGGGGGUCCCACCCUGGGGCUCCCCCCCUACCAUUCAUCCAGUGGGGAGGAAAAGGCCAAGAGUAGCUGGUUUGGCUUGAGAGAAGCCAAGGAACCAACUCAGAAACCCAGUGCCUCGAGGGCCAGCCCCACCCCCUGGGCCUCCCCUGGGAAAGCCCUGCCUGAGUGGGACGACACCUUCAACGUCUUUGCUGCUGGCAGGCUACGUCCAGAGGCCAGGAGCGAGAUCCUGGCCUGUGAAGGAGUGGGGCUGGAGGUGGCUGGGCUGCAAGACCCUGGCCCUCAGGCUGUGACAGUGAAGGCAGCUGAACCUCAGGGAGACCCUGGGGGCGGAGGAGGAAGAGGUGGGAGCAGCGUGUGGCUGGAGCCCAGGGUUCCUCUGGACUUGGGACUGGACCACGAGAACACAAGUGCCGCUGAUCUGGGGACCCUCGGGUCGUUCGGGGCCAGCCUGCCCUCCAUUUCAGCCCGGCUGCACCUAAGAGCCUCAACCUCAGAAUCAGACAGGGAGCCACCAGCCCCAGAAGGGGAAGCAGGGCAGAGUCCAGCAGACAGUGGGACGUCUCUGUUUAGCUCCCCAGAAGUGAUCAGUGUGUGGGAGAGGCUGCCUGGCCCAGACAAUGCUGCUGAAGGCCAGGACAAGGAGGCCUCCCAAGGUGAAAGCCAGCUUUUCCAUGAGCUCAAUACAGUCGACGAUUCCUGGCCUUGGGAUGUGGUCAUCAUUUCUCCUGCAGCUGAGAUGGCCUCACCAGUGGAGCUGCCUCCUCCCCGGGUACAGCCAGAAUCACCAGAAACUGUGAGCCCCAAGGGGAGUGAGGGGCUUCCCCCACUGGACCUAGAGCCAGAGCCUAAACCCAAGUGGGUGUCGGAUGAGGGGCCUCAGCCCAGCACACCACCUCCCAAGCCACCACGCCUCUUCACACCCUCAAGUUCCCAGGACAAUGAGGCGGAGGAAGAGAAGGCUGCAGCGGGGCUGAGUAGCAGUGGGGCAGGGACAGGAGAAGAAGAUGCCUCCCGAAGUGCACUGAUUGUUGAUCCCCAGGAGAGCAAGGAGGAGGGAGAGAAGCCUGAGUCGGAGGAGUCUGACCGCAGUACUUCUGGAACCCUGCUGGGUGAGCCAGGCCUGGAAGAUCUAGUGGAGGAUGCCAUCCCCCCUAUGUCUGGGCCCUGCUUAUCUGUGCCCACCAGCUGCACUGAGGAUCCCACCCCUGUACCCUGUUACUCAGAGAGCUUGGCUCCUGAGAGUCAGCAGAUCUGGGGGGCUCCAGAGAGAAGAGAAGGCCCUGAAGCUCCUGAGGAGGCCCAGAGCCCGGGUCCAGUAGGAGAGGGGCUUGGGCCCCUGUCAGUCACCUCCCAGCAGGCUGAUCAGUGGGCCUCUGAGGAGAAUGCCUUGGGCCCCUUCUUGUCUCAGGGCAAUGAAGAUUCCCCGAAAGAUUCCCCCAACCUCCCAUCCACAUCCCUGCCAGGGUCCAGGGAAUCUUCCAUCCAUUCUGGUCCAGAAGAGCUGCCCACCCCCCCAGAGCCUGCCUUCCCACCACCCCCUCUCCUGCCCUGGGCCAGCCACCAUCAUGGGGGGCCCAGCCCUCCAUGUUCUCCCUUGCCUGGAGCCUGGCCCCCGACCUCUUCCUCCCCAACCCCAGGGGAGUUGGCCUCACCUCCUGGUCCCUUUGAGCCCUCCCCACUUGGGGGCUCCCUUGCCCCACACGGGGAAGACAGCGCUGCAGCCACCCCAGCCUCCCUGCUUGUGCUUCUGCCCUUGGAGACACGACCAGCUGAGGAGCCACAGUCCAGUGCCAGUCCCCACCCCGUAAAGCCCCUCAGUACCACCUCUGUGGAGGGCAGCCCCGACAGGAAGCAGCCCCGCUCCAGUCUGAGCACAGCCCUGAGCAGUGGGCUGGAGAAGCUGAAAACAGUCACAUCUGGCAGCGUCCAACCUGUGGCUCUGGCACCCCAGAUUGGCCAGACCGUGGACACCAAGAGGCUGAAGGACUCAGCUGGGCUGGACCAGUCGGCCAAGUACUACCACCUGACCCAUGACGAGCUCAUCAGUCUGCUCCUGCAGCGGGAGCGGGAGCUGAGCCAGCGUGACGAGCACGUGCAGGAGCUGGAGAGCUACAUCGACCGGCUGCUGGUGCGCAUAAUGGAGACCUCACCCACACUGCUGCAGAUCCCCCCCAGUCCCCCCAAGUAGUCCUCCUCACCCCCAGCCCCAGGGGGUUGGCAUGGACCUGUUGCUUAGACAGGGCUCGUGCCCACUCACCCCCCCUCCUACCGAACUCAUUCUCACUUGGGCAGGGCGCAGUCUGUCCUCUGUGGUGCUCCUUGCCCCCCUCUCUCCUGCCUUUCCUGAGGCUGCUGGAAGUGGGCUCUUUCGGCUCCCACUGGAGGCCUCAGAUUCCAUGUGCAACUUGUGUGUCUUUGUGAGACCUGAGUCUUUCCUACCUGUCUGUUUUCAUACCCCUUAGCUUUGGGGGCUCCAGGUAAUUGGAACAAGGAAUUUAGCUCUCAAGACAGGGUAGGGAUGAGCUGCAGGUUGGUGUGGUACCUGGGGUGAGACUGGUUGCUAGCACAUGCUUUAUUGCUCCCCAAGGAUGGUCAGCCAUUUCUUCCCAUGGCCAAACCCCCAUCCUCUUUGUUUCCCUCCAGCCCCUGGAGGGGCUCCUAGUAUUACUGAGACUAGGACAGGGACCAAGCAGCCCAUUUGUCUGUGAGUUAUGGGCAAGCAGGGCGCCUCCUCCUCAGCCUCACACCCAUCCAUCCCCCUGAGGGCAAGGAGCCUGUGUGGUCUAGUCCAGUCUCUGCCGUGUCUUGAGUCUGUUUUCAUCUUAUGCAGUGUGAACGAAGGUGGAUGAUGUCUGCUCUCCAGGCUGCUCCCUGCCAUCCCCCACCCCACUGACCUUUCCACUGAGUGUCAAGUGUGAAUGUGGGGAGGUGAGAGGUGUGUGGGGGGAGAGCUCCUCUUUGCUCUUUGAGUUCUCACCCACCUCCAAUGUGUGGACCCCUCCAGGUCAGGACUUUGGGCUACUUGUGUGUUUGAAAUCAAGCCUCCGUGUCUGUUCAUGUUGCCUGUCCAGAUGCCAAACUCUGUGCCUCCACAGGGUUUGAACUUUUGGAAACCAAUUAAAAUGUGCCUUUUGUGGGUGGGGUCAAGAGCCUCUGGCUAUAAGACCUUUCCCCCCGUGUGGCGUCCCUCUGCAUCCUGUUGAGCACGUGGGGAUGGUUCUGUCAGGGCCUUGGGAAUGGGAAUGGAGGGUGGGGGCAGCCCUGCUGCUCUUCCCCUCCCUUAGCAUUAAUCUCAGUUAAGGGUUGGGCCAAGCUGAUGUUACCAAAACCUUCUUGCCGUCUUCCCCUCCUCCCUCAACCCCAGUUGGAGGCUCCUAGGUUAAAAACUACUGGUGGGCAGGUAGGUGUGGCACUGUCUUGCUCACUGUCAUUCUGUCUGGCCUUAGGACUCAGCUGCAUUGGACCAGUCAGCUGGUCUGGAAGUGGGACGUCCCACUAUGCCUUUGGGAGACACCUAUACUUAGGAAAAAGGCUUUGUUGCCCUCCCAUCCACCCACUAAGCUGCUCUCUCAGCCUGUCCCUUCUGCUCCAUGGCCUUGUCUGGCUUGGCUGCAGCACACUUUGAAAUGAAGUGUCUGUCCUUUGGCCCAGCCACUGGUUUGCUUGUAGAAAACACAGCAGGCUUCCCUAUGGCAUCUGUAGGGAGCCUAUGUUGGCUUGGGCAUCCUUGUGUUAACAGAAGUUGGGGGGUGAGGAUGUGCUGAAGGAGGAUACUUUUGGCUCAGGAAGGAGGCAGGACCUCUUCUGGGACCACCUCUUCUUUGUGAGAGCCUGUAGGCUCUCUUGGAAGGCCUCAGGAGGAGCUGUGUGGGUGAUGAUACCUGUCUUCUGCCAGGAUGGAGUAGAGGAGCCUACACGUGGGGGAAAGCCCCUGUGAAGUUACCAACCUUAAAGUCUACUCCUCAAAGCUGAGAAAGGUUUCCACAGGUGCCCAGAACUUCAGUCGUUUUCUGGGGAUCAUUGGGGUUGGAGAGGUAUCUCUUCUGAGAGAGGGGGUCACUCCCCUACUAGGUGUUCAUUGGGGUUCUGUUCCCAGUCCUGGCCCUGAUCUUCCACUCAUCCUUGAUUAUGGGCCUGCCAAAUGCCCAGAGCAGGGAUGUCUUUGGAGGAAUGUUUGAAUUGAAGCCCAAGGUUCUUGUUUGAUGUUUCUGCUCCCGGCAAUGAGUUGGAGGAGAGCUGCAGGAGGGGUGGGCAGGGAGCAGGCACAGGUCUGCUUUGCUGUUUGUCUUCCUAGUUGUAACUCCCGUUUAUAAUGAGCUUGUUCUUCAUGUUUUGAGCACUCUAUGAAGAAUAAAAAGUUCACG